AUGUUGAACGGAGCAGGUUUAGCUGACAACCUCGCCGACCUCCUCUUGGGCUCCUCCUUCGACGCCCCCUCGGCGGAGCUGACCUUCCUCUUGGGCAUCGUGGCGACCGGGCGGUGGUUAUACUUCCAUUCUGUAAAUGAGGAAAUUCCUUCUGCCGUGGGAGCCAUUAAGAAGCAGCAGCUAUGGCUCAGCGACCCUAUGAACUUGGGCCUCAGCAAGGGCCACAAGGUGACUAAGAACAUGAACAAGCCAAGGCACAGCUGCCACUGCGGGUACCUCCCCAAGCACACCAGGUUUGUGUGGGACAUGAUCCAAGAGGUGCGUGGCUUCACCCCAUACAAGCAUCGUGGCAUGGAGUUUCUCAAGGUCUCCAAGGACAAGCAUGCUCUCAAGUUCAUCAAGAAAAGGGUGGGGACACACAUCAGUGCCAAGAGGAAAAGAGGGGAGCUGAGCAACCUCCUGGGAGCCGUGAGGAAAGUGGCAGCCAAGAAAGAUUGA